AUGGCAAAGCGAGAUGAAGUUCGCGCUGCGAGCUUUUCAGGCUCUUUGUCUUCAGCUUCUUCCAAUUUUAAGCUACCAUUGCUGCUGACUGCUCGGCCUGGAAACGUUGGUGUUCAGAUUGACUCUCACCGAGCCAUAGACGUGCUCUCUCAUCCACGCAGCGUCAAGUUCACAUCGCAGUUUCACGAAAUCAUGUAUGAGAACGGGUCGCUGGAGAACUACCCGCGCGUGGUGGAGCGCACGGCUCAACGUGCACAAUUGUUAGAGGACAAGCUCGACAAACUGCGAGCUAGAGAGCAUUAUCUACUUGAGGAUGAAGCGAAGCGGAAGCAGAGAAGAAUGCAGCGUGACGCAGCUCGCCAGCGUCGGAUUUGGCUAAUGCUUCAGGCAGCAAAGCGAGUAGAUGAACGUGCUCGAGAGACUGCUGCUGCAAUAACGGUACAAAGGGUGAUUCGAGGUGCCCUAGCACGGCGGGUGGCUAGAGUGCUGAGGCAAGUACGGGAAACCCAUGAGGCUGCGUCGAUGCUGCAGCGUGCAAUGCAGGGGUAUGUGGCUCGACAACAGUUAGCACUGAAGCGUGAACGCCGAGCUAGAGAAGAAGAAGAAUGCCGUGAGCGAAGCGCGUCAGCAAGCCGCACUCGCUGCGUGUGUCGAGGAUGA